GGGAUUGAAAUAUUCAUUAAUCGGACCAAUCAUUUUCUUUGCGCCUAAAUACAAACACAAACACAGACAGUAAUAACUGUCAGAAGCCAGCCAGCUAGUGACCCUUGUAAUGAUUGUUACCAUUGUAUUUUACAAAACAUGGACAAAGAGAAUUCUGCAAAUGUGAAGAAAGCAACAGAGUUUCUCGAAAAAUGGAAGAAAUUCCAAGUAGAGAAAGAUCAGAAGAGACAGCCCCUUACAGCCAGAUCAUCAACACAGGACAGUGAUGUACCAAAAAAGAAAGCGGGAAAGAAGAUAGUCACGUCCCGUUACCUGAACCACAAAGCAGAAUCCAUCAUAAAAAAGCAACCAACAGCUCCAGCCAAAGCCUCCAAUGCCCAGAAAAGAAUCUCAAUCUUACCAGAGACUCGGGGUUCGGGAACGCCUAUGAGUGUUAGAUUAGAACGAUGGAGACAACAGAAGGAGAUCCAGAGAGAGAAUAAGUCAUCCACAAGUAGUGGGAGAAAAAAGACACAGACCCCAUUUAAAGGCAACAAGAAGUAUACCAAUGUGAAAUCAAAGGUGAUGACUGCAAGCUGUCGUAAGUCAGAGCCGGGGAAUCGUAAGUCAGAGCCAGGGGCAAAACAAAGGUCACAGAUAGGAACAACAAAGGAACCCCUGAUGUCUACAACGAAACCCGUCACUGCGACGACUAACCCCGCAAACAAAAAACCUGAGACAAAAUCCAGUGUGACCAAGAGAAAGUCUUCCCAAAUAAGAAAGACUAACUCAGCAUCAACAAGUAUUGGAGUGAAGAAAACCAGUGCAGCACUAUCACCAAUGAAGGGCAAAACAAAGCAGUGUCAGUUUAAGUCUGGUGAACACCAAGCAAAACAGUUCAGUAGAAGACAUUCGGACAUGGAAUCACGAAAUGCGAAAGUCACCAGGAGCAUUCUUAAAAGAAAGUCUUGUUUGCCAAGUCUGUCUGACGAAAGAUUGCCAGUGGAGAACGAGGCUCUGAAAACACAUGGACAUAAUGUCAGAUUUACUUCUCCUAUCGGACAAAAAUCUGAAAACCAGGCAUUUAGGAAAACACCACUACGGCUUCCACACAGAUCCAUGAGGGCUGAUCUAGAAGAAUGGCUGAAGAAGCGAGGAAAGACCCCAAGUGGGUUCCGACACCUGCGGUGCUUUGAUGCCACAUUAUCAGCAAAGAAAAGGGUCCGUGAAUCUUGCUAUAAUCAGGACAAUGGAAAUGAGGAAUUUACUAAACAACCCAAAUCAUCUGUGGUGUUGAAGCUUGAAGAGCAGUUUACUUUGGAUGAGUCCAUGAGCAGGGGGGAUCCUAUAGGAGAGGAUCUAGAGUCUAUGCUGGAGGAGUGCACCACUUUGUAUGAGGCUGGUUGCCCCCUUGAGGACACGAUGAAAUGGUUGAAUUCUAUUGAGGAUCACAUCACCUUAGCCAGAUCAUCUGCCAGGUUUUACAUAUGUAAGGCAAAGAUCCUCAAAUCCACAAACAAUCUGGAGGAGGUCCUUAAAGUAUUUGAGAAGGCAGUACAGAACUGUGCACAGCCAGCAGAAGAGUUGGCGAAGUCCUUGACCCAAAUUAUCACAGAAAUCAGCUCGGAACGGGAAAGAAAGGCUCGGUUAAAGAGCGCACUAGUUAAAGAAGUUGAAGGUGGAAAUGUGUUUAACUCAAGUGCAGUUAAAUAUUGUGUCCGACAACUUACUCCAUACAAACACAGACAGAGGCAGUCCAAUGUUUCCAGUGACCUUUUACCUUCACCCUGUAAAGUAGUGACCCCAGUUCGGAGAUCAACUCGUCGCAGCCUCAGUGGUUUACCAGAUCAACUUCAUGACAAAGUUCCAGUUUACACUGCCCUAGAGGACAUACCGUCACCGGAGAGAAAGAGAACCCUGUUCCAGUCAAACCCCACCCUUAGUUGGAAUCUGGAGGAUGAACUGUAAAUUGCCAUUUUAUUCCUGCUGGGAUGUUCUGUAGGAAAAUGUCUUAUACUAUAGGGAGACUGGUGAUAGAAUUUGAAAUAGAAGCAAUCUAUGAACACUGCAAUUAUCAGACAGACAUGUAUAUUAUCAAAAUCCCAAUAUUUUUUAUUAAUACCUGUAGAAAUAUGUAGAUUUGUGGGUUUUUAAUCAAUAUUACACCUGUAAAAAUAUGUAAAUUUAUGGGUUUUUAAUAAAAAAAAAAAUUCACUUCUAAAGCUUUUUUCAAAGAUGAGGAUCCCAUUCAGUGCCUUUAUUGCGCUGUGAGUUUUAUAAAGGAUUCUAGUGUUGUGUUUUUGGUUUCACCUCUUUCUUUAUAUGUUAUUGUUAAAUUUUACUAAUAAAAAUUUGCUUGAUAGCCUAAAUAAAAUGUAUUUUUAAUAAUU